ACUGAGCAAAGAAGUUGCACUUCUUUGUGGGUGUCUUUUUGCAAAGUGGGCAAUUUCCUUUCAAGGGAAAGAAUAAGCGGGUUAUCAGCACACACUCUGAAGAAGGGUCAUGGGACGCAGCCAGCAUCUCUUGUGUGCAACCUUCCUCUUUGGAUUGCUCUUCUCCAAAGGUAUUGCUGCGGCAUCCAUCACAGUGAAGCAGCAUAAGAAUAACAUUGUCCUCUACUGUAAAGAGGAUAACAACCACCCAAUAAGCUGGAAGAAAGAUGGGAAUGCAUUAAACCACGGAAACACUAGCCUGUCUUUGGGUGCCAUCCUGGAUGACCCGAGAGGUGUCUUUGAGUGCAAUGACGCACGUCUUCAGGUGUUCGUCCGAAUGUGCCAGAAUUGUAUUCGUCUGGACCUUGCCGCCAUCAUGGGGAUUCUGACGGCCAGCAUCGUGGCUACGCUUUUCAUGGCUGUUGGUGUGUACUACAUUGCUGCAGGGGAGCCGGGCCGACGAUCUCAGGCUUCUGACAAGCAGACCUUAUUAGCCAAUGAGCAGCUCUACCAGCCUCUCGGAGAACGCAACAAUGGGCAGUACAGCCACAUCGGAGUGGCCAAGACCCGCCACCAGUGAGAAGGGGACAAAGUGUUCUUCCUCUGAUUUGGCAGCAAAGAGUGAAUUGCUGAUGGCUCCUCCUUUUGCCAUGGGGAGCUCAAAAGGGAAGGUUCCUUCAAGCUAUAGUUAAGGGUGUAGAAAUAGUUUGACUCUUGCUGUGCUUUCAUUUCAAAAUCUAACCCCUGUCCUUACCAUUGAGCUGGCCUCCCUUUGUUCUUCCUACCCCCCUCCCCACCCCAACUUUCCCCUCUGAUUUGAAGGGGCUCCAAUAACUAAGAAAGCCAAAAGGGCUUUUGUUGUUUCUGCAGUGAUCCACUUUCAACAUUGCCUGUUCGCUGUGAGCUGUUUUAUAGCAAGCAAUGCAUAAAUAGAAUGAAAUAAAUAAUAAUCAAGGAAAUGCUUCUCCAGUUUCCAGUGAAACUGCAUCUCAUCCGUGUGCAGCGCAUACCUUUCCAAAUUACUAAUUUUACUGCCCUGAGUCCAGGGGGGGGGGCUGAAUUAGAUUUAAGUGUUUAAAUGUUAUUAUGAUAAAAGAAAUACUAUUUGAAUGUAUGGAAAAAAUUUGGGUAUAAAUUUGAGGCUAAGGGGAGAAAUAGAGGAUAGAUGGAUGGGAAAAUAAAUUUAGAUUUGGAUUAAGAUGAAUUAUGGGUGGAAGAUAGUCGAUGCUUUUAAGAAUAGAAAUAGUUGUGAGAUAAUGAAAAAAAUGUGUUAGAAUGAUUUAAGAUAAUAAAUGAAAAUGGCUUAAUUUGGAGUUAAAAUUGGACCCAGUGCGAGGGGAAACGAGGAAGUCUACAAUGUUAAUUAAAAUGUUAGAAUUGAUAUGUUUUUCUUUUUUAUGUUUUUAUUCUUGUUUUUGUGAAUUUUUGUAAUUUGUAAUGUUAGAAAAUCAAUAAAUAUUAUU